GUCAUUCAGAAAGUUUGACGUUGCCUCGGCAAAAGCAUUUGAAACCCAGCCAUCGUCAAAUGGCGUUCUCUGUCGUAGUCAGGGUCUUGUGUCUGCAGGCGCUGGUCACCGCUGCUAAAAUUUCUUCGGACACAAAUAAUGAAAAAUCUUUAACAGAAGAGGAAAACCCACAACCAGACUGCGACCCUGUGUGGAUCAACCAGGGUGGAGCAGCAGUCUUUCUUUGUGUGAAAAAGGUUGUAUAUUAUACUCCAGAUGGGCAGGAACGGACCAAGCUUUUAGACGUAUCACAGAAUUUCCAGGAAUUAGACGGGGUGCCACUUAAUUUCGUGGAAUUAGACAAGGUACCACCGGAUUUCCAGGCAUUAAAAAAGGUACCACAGGAUUUCCAGGAAUUAAACAAGGCUGUUGGAGACAGUGAGGGGGUGACCGAGGUGCCGGGGGACGCAUCCAUCCACAAAGAGCCUGAGAGGUCCCUUUGUGAUCGACACCCUGCUCCGCGCCCAACCUUUCACGGUUUUCAACCUGGGGCUGCUGGUCACCGCCCUGUGUGUCAUGGUGGCGGUGCUACAGUACACAAUGGCACGCUACAAGACCAGCACGUGGCAUAGGCUGGGGUACCCAGGACCCACCUGCUCAUCCAUUCUGGGUAACUACUGGGAGGUCAUGAUGGAGGGAAGCCUGAGGCGCUGCGUUGAAGCGAUGGCACGUGCUGUACGGAGAUAUUUUCGGAAUUCACUUAGGCUUGUCACCUGUUCUUGUGAUUUCUGAUACAAGUUUGAUAGCAGGAGUUCUGGAGAACGAGUCCGGAUGCUUUACAAACAGAUCCGACCUCACCGCAGCGCUGAACUGUCCAUCCCUGAAGUUCUCUUUGUAUAACAUCAAGGACUUCCAGGUGGCUGACCAUGCGAUACAAUUUAUCUUUUCUCUUCAACGAAGAGAAUUUAGACUAUAUGCUGCGGCAUCUGAACCCUUGCGCCGGUCGCCUAGCGAACUACCUGAACAAAGAGUUGCAGAGGACAGACACCGUCAGCCUUAAAGAGUUUGUGACGUCAUACGAGUAUGACGUCAUAGCGUCCAUGUUGUUCGGCCUGAAGUUAGACCAUCACUUUGACAGCAGCAGUGACCCGUUCUUCCGAUGUAUGACCUCAGCUUUCAAAACGGUCCCCGCGGAAUAUGAAGGGUUUCAGUUCCUUCCGACAUGAAGAUGCUCUUUGGCUACGUGCAGUGCGCAGUCCACAAUCGAAGUGAACAUAGAAACGUCCGGGAGGCGGGGGAUUACCUGGAUUUGCUAUUACGUCGAGGAGCUUCAUUAUCUCCUGUCACCCUUCCGCCCUACGAACUGAGCUGGCCUGAGGUGUACGGCAACCUGCUCCUGUGGAUCCUGCACAGCCACCAGACGAUGAUCAGCACCCUACAGUUCGUCAUUUACAUGCUGGCGCAUAACCCCGAGUACCAGACCAUGGCCUUCGAUGAGAUGAAGUUCACACUAGGCAAAGAUAACCUGACCUAUAAUGACCUCCAAGAACUUGCUGUGCUGGACAGCGUCAUCCUGGAGACCCUCCGCUUGUUCUCACCUGUGCAGGAAAUAUGGCGAAGGUCCAGUUCCGAAACAAGGAUUUUUGGCAUAGCUUUUCCCAAGGACGUUGACAUUCUCAUCCCUGUUGACCUGGUUCACAGCAGCGACAGCAACUUUUCGCACCCUGAUGACUUCAAGCCAGAAAGAUGGGGCUUGGGCACCUUCGGUCAACUGCCGCACCCAGCCUUCCUGCCCUUUGGCUACGGCCCACGUGCCUGCAUCGCAUCGGACCUCGUGCUGCUGCAACUGAAGGUGGCGCUCGUGCACUGCAUGCGGCUCGUUGAGUUCGACGUGGCCCGCCAAGACCCUCUGCCUCCCAAUCAACAUCUUGAAGUGAAGCUGGGAGUGGGAGUGACAACCGAAGGCAUUUUGCGACCUGCGACCUCAGUAAAAGUACGACUGAUUUUGAGGGGGCCUGGCUUGCCCCCGCCUCCACCUACACAACAGAUACCAAUGUCCGUUCUACCUCCCUUUGGCGCUGCGACUCUUCAACCUUCUCCUGCUCCACCUCAGCCUAGUCCUGUAUCCGUGGCACCAAAGGUCAUCCAGACACCUCAAGAGACGCCACCCUCUUUCAAGCCCCCUAUCUCUGCGCAGCUGAUUGAAACCGAUCAGGGUGUACAGCCGGUAAAAACUCGGUAUCUAACGUCGACCCUCCCAGCGUCGCUUGACCCCGACACACGCCGUGAGCGGAAGUGGAAGGAGGAUAAGCAGCUGACCUCUCGCUGGCGUAAGGACGCUAUAGUCUCCGAGGUUGACACCAAGGAGGUAGGAAAGCAAAUGCUGCCCUCCCUCGCAUCACGCGCUUUGAUGGUUAAGCAGGCUACCCUGGCCACACUCCUCCUUUAAUUCCCACUCGCAUGCCACGUGCAAAGGACACAACACCACAGCAGCCCCAUUCAAAACUGCCAAUGAGCUACUUGCCAUGUUCUGUCGAUUCCAACUUACUGGUGGCGCCGUAUGAGGGAGGUGAGGAGGAACACCCCCUUUUUAGAGAAUUCCGGGACGUGCAAGAUAUGGCGCAACACCUGCUAGAAGAACUGGACAGCGUGCGACCAGGCGAGACCAGGCCUGAACCUGGGCUGCUCCUGCCAAGAGAAACUGAGAGGGCAAGAUCAAGUAGCGACCAUUUAUUCCUUGACAUUGACAUCUCUCGCCAAACACUUGAAGUCGAGAGUGAGUCCUCACUCCACCAGUCACUUUCGCUCUACUUCAGCGCCAUUGACUUGUCCGACGAAAGUCCCGCUGCCCUUGCAGAGGCCGAGAUCACGAGGACCUUCGACUCUCAGGCAUCAGAGUACCAGACGUUAGAGUCUCUCCUGUUGGAGAAUUUGAACGCCCUGUACAAUCGCCUCAAGUGCCUAGGUUCCCAUUUAGUGAUCACUUUACAUAUCAGCGUUGAACCUGAGGAAGGCCAGGACGGGUUUGAGAGUCGCAGCCUUGCGUACCCACUCCAAGGGCCACAGACCGCCGGCGUCGACACUCGUUUGCCGUUCACAAGUCGGGCAGCCAGUCAGAUACCCUGGCAAGCGACCACAAAGACAAAGAAAGUACAAGCGACUCCGAAUGAAGAGCAAGCGAAAAAUAAGGAAAUAAUAAUGCAGGUGGGUGUGCCUCGGUCCGGGCAAGAUGUCUCGCAACCCUUUCAAUCAGCGUUAAGUAUCGGCGGCACGCCACCCUCUGGGAAGUCAAUGGCAGAUGGCACACAUCCCUCUCUGAGAAUGCCAGGGGCAGACGACUCGCAACCCGUUGGGAAGUCAAUGGCAGAUGGCACACAUCCCUCUCUGAGAAUGCCAGGGGCAGACGAGUCCCAACUCUCUGGGAAGUCAAUGGCAGAUGCCACACAUCCCUCUCUGAGAAUGCCAGGGGCAAACGACUCGCAACUCUCUGGGAAGUCAAUGGCAGAUGCCACACAUCCCUCUCUGAGAAUGCCAGGGGCAGACGACUCGCAACCCGUUGGGAAGUCAAUGGCAGAUGGCACACAUCCCUAUCUGAGAAUGCCAGGGGCAGACGACUCGCAACUCUCUGGGAAGUCAAUGGCAGAUGCCACACAUCCCUCUGGGAGAAUGCCAGGGGCAGAUGACUCGAAACCCUCUGAGGGCAUGUCAAUGGCGACUGCCACGCAAUCCUCCCAUAAGUGGCACGUAGACAAGCCGCGCGCUACUGACAGGGCAUUACUCGUCCAACUUCUCAAAGAAUCCCAGAUUAGAGGAGGGUCUUCUGCAGAGGAUCUCGCAGCCCCAUGGGACAAAGGCACUUCGGGUUAUUUCAAAAGACCCUGGGGUAGGGCUUCUGGAAAGCAGGAUCACUGGCCUCCUUUGAGAAAACCGGAAAUUCCAGAGAGAUUUCGUUCUAAUAUACGGUUUCCUGACACACAAGUCCAGACAGACAGAGGGGCUUCCACCUCAUCUAGCCCCAGCUUGACAACAAAAGCUGGAAAGAGGACGAUCCAAUUCUAUUGUUGAAUCUUUAUAUAGUUUCGUACAACAAUCAUCUAUAUUAGCACCGAGCUUGGCAACACAAAGCCAGAGAACGAUCGGAAUCUGUGGCUCAAUCUGUAUACGAUGCAGUAAGAAAAUCAUCGAUAUUAGCACCCAAUUGGCAAAAAAGCCAGAGAACGAUCAGAAUCUGUGGCUCAAUCUGUAUACGGUGCAGUAAGAAGAUCAUCGAAAUUAGCACCAACGUUACAACAGAUGGCCACAACAUUACCUAAAAAGAUAGGCCUUUCACGUCGCGCAGACCAAUUUAAGGCAAAGGAAAGCAGUCAAGAUAAGUUCGAAGAUCAUGAAGAACUUACAGAAGAAGAAAGCCCUCCAGAUGAUGAAGACACUAUAUCAAACGAAAGCACUCCAGAUGAUCUUGCAGAAACCAAAGAGAAAGAAAUCUCUUCAGACGAUCUAGAUGAAACUAUAAAGGAAGAAAACAUUCAAGUUGAUAAUGAGGAUGCCAAAGAAAAAGAAAUCCCUUCAGAUGACUUUGAUGAAACUAUAAAGGAAGACAGCCCUAUGGCUGAUAUUAAGGGCCCUGAAGAUGAUGCCAAAAAGAAAAAAAGGCAUAAAGAUGAUGCUAAAAAGGAAAAAAGCCCUAAAGAUGAUGCUAAAAAGGAAAAAAAAAGACUCAAAGAUAUCGCCAAAGAGGGAAAAGGCCCUAAAGAUGGCGCAAAAAGGAAAACAUUCUAGCUGAUAAUGAGGAGGCCAAAGAAAAAGAUAUCCCUUCAGAAGACUUUGGGGAAACUAUAAACGAAGACAGCCCUUUAGCUGAUAUUAAGGGCCCUGAAGAUGACGCUAAAAA